AUGGCGGAUUUUAUUGAUUUCGAUUGGAAAGCUUGUCGUGAGAUUUUAGAUGAUGUUUUCUUUACGGAAAAUGACGCCAUAAAAAAGAAUAGCAAGCAGUAUAAAGAUUUUUGGUUGUUUCUCGAGAGAUAUCAAAAAUAUCAAAGAAGAAAGAGGCAAAGCAAUGUGGACACCACCAACUCUCAAUGUUCUAGUGAAAGACAUGGCACAAAAAGGAAAGUGUCUUCAUUCCUUGAGUUACCCGAAACCUUCGAUAAAAGAUAUAAAUUCAACAUUUCUCUGGCUGGAAAAGAUGUCAGGUCACUGAAGAAACUAUUGCGUGGCAAAGUUGAUUAUCGUGGCAAUCAAAGAGACGAAUCAGAUUCGUUAACCGUUAAUGAUUUAGUGGAAUUCAAAUCCGUAAUUCUUUACUAUCUUGACUUCUGUCAAAAGCAAAAGUUUGCAAAACUUCAAAAGCUGAAGUCGGAUCAGGAGAACCUGCCCAUAAGUCAGUUUCGAGAUGCCAUUGUGAAGCAUGUGAAAGAGCAGCAAGUUGUUAUCGUUGCUGGUGAUACCGGCUGCGGAAAGUCAACACAAAUACCCCAGUACCUACUAGCUGCUGGCUUUUCGCAGAUUGCUUGCACACAGCCACGUCGUAUAGCGUGUAUAUCGCUUGCGAAACGCGUGAGUUACGAGACUUUGAAUGAAUAUGGCUCAGAGGUUGCUUAUCAGAUUAGAUUUGAAACAAGUAAAACAAGGCGAACGAAGAUUCUUUUUCUUACCGAAGGUUUGUUAUUACGUCAGUUAUCGUCGGAUCCAUCGUUAUCUCAGUACAAUAUCAUCGUGAUGGACGAAGUUCACGAGCGCCAUAUUCACGGGGACUUUUUACUCGGGGUUCUUAAGGGAUUGGUGAGAGCAAGAAGUGAUUUAAAAUUGAUCCUUAUGUCAGCGACCAUCAACAUCGAGUUGUUUGCCACCUACUUCUCCGGUGCGCCUGUCAUACAGGUUCCUGGUCGUCUAUUUCCCAUUGAAGUACGUUAUAAGCCACCGUCGAUAGACAUAGCAACUGUGCAAUCACGUGGAUCUGAACGACUUGAUCCCAGACCUUAUCUGCAAAUUCUUCAGACUAUCGACACCAAGUAUUCUGCCGACGAGAGAGGAGAUUUAUUGAUCUUCCUCAGUGGUAUGGCCGAAAUUUCUGCCGUACUGGACGCCGCUGAAGAAUAUGCACAGCAGACUCAGAAAUGGAUCGUGCUUCCAUUACAUAGCGCUCUGUCUAUAGAGGAACAGGAUAAGGUUUUUGAUGUACCACCAGAAGGAGUUAGAAAAUGCAUCGUAUCUACGAAUAUUGCAGAAACAUCCGUGACCAUAGAUGGAGUGCGUUUUAUCGUUGAUUCUGGAAAGGUAAAAGAAAUGAGUUAUGAUUCUAUAACUAAAAUUCGGAAACUCGAGGAGUUUUGGAUCAGUCAAGCAAGUGCUGAGCAAAGAAAGGGCCGAGCUGGUCGUACUGGACCGGGUGUUUGUUUUCGUUUGUAUGCAGAAAGUGAUUACGAGGAAUUUGCCCAGUAUUCAACUCCCGAGAUCCAUCGUGCUCCCCUCGACAGUAUCAUUUUGCAGAUGAUAUCCCUUGGUAUCCCCGAUGUACGUAACUUUCCUUUCAUUGAACCUCCGCCCAAAUCCUCCAUUGAGAACUCGGUGUAUGUGCUGAGGCAACAGGGAGCGCUGGAUAGCAACGAGGAAAUAACUCCGACCGGUCAAAUGCUGGCACAAUUGCCGGUUGACGUCGUGAUCGGUAAAAUGCUGAUUAUGGGUUCCGUAUUUCAUAUGGUCGACCCAGUCCUAACAAUCGCCGCUGCAAUGAGCGUCCAGUCUCCUUUCACGCGCCGUUUCACCAACGACCCGGAUGUGAUGAGUUCAAGGCAACUGCUGGAAUCGGAGCACGGGGAUCCGUUCACAUUAUUGAACGCGUUUGACGAAUGGUUGCAUGCCAAAAGUAAAGGUUCGUCGAGCCGGAAGUGGUGUCGAAGACGCGGUCUUGAAGAACAGCGGUUUUACGAAAUGGUCAAAUUGAAAGAACAAUUCGAAAUGCUGUUACACGAUCAUGGCUUAUUGAAGGAAAAGACGCAAAAUUCCCGUGAAAGGAAACGAGAAAAUCGCGACAAACUACGAAAAUUGAAGAAAGAACACGGCAGGGGUCCACGACGACCUCAACUCUUGAAACUGGGACAACAAGGGAUAGACAAUGAUAACGAUGAGGACAAAGGAAUGGAAACGGAUGUACGGGAUUUGGAAUUCAAACUGAUUCACGACAUGGACAAGCUUCAACGCAAUUCUAUACUACGGCGAUCUUUUACGUUGAAGGAUAUAAACUUGCUUAAAAUUAUCUUGUGCUGCGGUCUGUAUCCACAAAUGGCUAUCCCUGACGAACACAACGCGUCCAAAAAUGUAUCUGAACAUGUUUUUCAUACAGUAAACAAACAGUAUUUAAUGCUUCAUCCGACUUGUGUUUUCGUGAGUCAACCUGAUUUGUUGACUGCUAUACAUGUCAAGCCGAGCGCGUCCGUUGUUAGAUCCGAGAAAAUGGUGAAGGAUUCACGACAUUUUCACGACGACAUCCGAAAUGAUCACGAGUUAAUGUCGUACGUCAGUCUCUUGGAGACGCGAAAACCGUACGUCAUGACUGUAAUGCGAGUACCCGGUUUGCAAACGUUAUUGUUGUUUGGACGUGGUAUCGAUUCUAAUGUUGAUUGUACCCGGCUAGUCAUUGACGAUUGGAUUGAACUCGGUAUACCCGAUUCUGAGCAUGCUCAGAAAAUUAUCUCUUCCGUGAUACACUUACGGAGCACGUGGGAUGCGUUGUUGAAAUGCAAGAUUGAGGAAUCCCGUCGGGAGACUGGUAACGAUACCGAGUAUCUUGAGUAUAUACUUUCGACGAAACUUUCCGAAUUUCUUGACUGUAAUGUUAGCUACUCUAUGAAACGUCUACAUCUGACUGAUGUGGGAAACCUUUAUAUAGGUAACCUUGGUCACCACUAUAAUGUCACUGGCAAAUUGGAAGACGAUGAAAUAACCCGUUCCCAUCACUCGGAUGUUCGGCUCGGCGCUCUUGCCCCAUUUCUCGGUGACAGGAAAGCCGUAGUAGAGGCUCAUCCUCGAAAGGGAGGAGUCAAAGUGAAUGAUUUCUUUACGUAUAACGAUCUGAGAGAUGAAAUUGAGGCCCAGGUAGCCUCGCAGGCAGCGCAGUAUAUUCAGAGGCAUUGGACGUGCGAAAAGUGCGGGACCAAAAUGGUGGUCACGGUACUCGAGAGGAUAGAACACGAGAAACAUUGCUUACAAGAGACAGGCGUUGAAAAAAAACCUUUUAAGAAAGACGAGUCUGAAGGAGAUGCCGAGGACAGCGAUUUAAACCGAUUGAGAAAAUUGUUCUUUUGUCCCGAUUGUAAUAAAGAGUUCAAGUUUACUGUAACCGAAAUACUUCGUCACAAGAGAAGUCACAAAUAAAAUCUUUUUUCUUUACGACUGUAAAGUUUGCGCCUACAGACAAUAAACAUUUAGACAAAAUUCA